CCACACAAGCUCUGUGAGAGAGUGUCCAAGGAAGCAACGAGAAACCAUCCCCCCCUCCCCCCCACAACCAAAAAAAAAAAAAAAAAAAAAAAAAAAAUCCUAGGUUGAUAUCACACGGGAAUCAAUCGUUGCAAUUUUUUCUUUUAGGUGUUCUAAAGUUCGCGAUCGUGUUUUGGGGGAUCGAAGGGGCCGCUCCAUCGAAACCCUGCUCUUUCCCUUCGAAACCCCCCAUUUUUAAACCGUUCCCGCGACGCGUAAUCGGUUUCGGGGUAGCGGAACCGAUUUCGCUGAUUCGGUUUCUCCCUCUGUGUGGAGGGAUUUGAUCGCUAUACAGUGAUUUGGAGGCGGGGGGAUUUGUUGGUAAUAGAUCGCUUCUAUUUUUCCUGUUCUUGGAUCGCUUUUUUUAAUGGUUUUCUGAUGGGAAAAUCGGUUGACGUGAUGCUUAUGCUGUUCGGUUUUAUAUUGGUGGCCGCGUGGGUUUAUAGUUUGGAUUAGGAGCAGUCAUUUGAUCUCCUUCUUUUGAUAUUGGCAUUUGUAGUUGGUUUCUGAUGGAUUUGCAGUUCAAAAAGAGGCAUCUUCAUCAUCGCGGGGUGAUUUAGAUACUAGGUAUUGUUGGUUUGAUUUGUUGUUGUCAGAUUAUUUCCCCAAAUUCAUCUUGAAUUGGAAUGUUUUGUGGUUAAAAAAGGGUUAUUGUUCUGAUUAUUUACUCCUAUUCUGUUGUAUCUUCAAGAAUUGAGUGAAGUUUCCGAGCUUGCAGAUGAACGAAUCAGAAUGAAUGGUCCUGAGGAGGUUUGUUGUCGAUGGAAACCCCAGAUAAGAGGUUUUCUGAUUUUGUCGGCGUCGUGAAAUCGUGGAUCCCUCGCAAGAGCGAAUUGGCCAAUGCUUCGAGGGAUUUUUGGAUGCCCGAUAAUAGCUGUAGGGUUUGCUACGACUGUGAUUCCCAAUUUACGGUUUUCAACCGUCGCCACCACUGCCGCCACUGCGGGCGUGUAUUCUGUGCAAAAUGCUCGUCUAAUUCCAUUCCCCGUGUGCUCGACGACCAGAAGAGUACUAGGGAUGAAGGUGAACGGGUUAGGGUUUGCAACUUUUGCUUCAAGCAGUGGGAGGAAGAUAUGGCGGCUGCUACUGCUGUCAGUGGAGCUCGGCCAUCUAGUCCAGUGCUCAGUCCAUCUCUUUCAACUACUAGUAUAGCUAGUUCUAAAUCAAGUUGCACAGGAAACAGUAGUACUACUAUAACGGCUGGGUCGGCCUCUUGCUCUGCAGGAGCUUAUCAACAUACACAGACUUGUUCUGUUGCUAGUCCUCUUCAGUGUGAUCGAAUGGAAACUUGUUCUGAUAAGCAAGACAUGCUAAUGCCGGGGAGAAAUGCAGACUCAACAGUUGAUAUGGGAGAUGGUUCUAAUCAUUUUGGAUAUUGUUUGAAUAGAAGUAGUGAUGAUGAGGAUGACUAUAGUGCAUGUCGCUGCGAUUCAGAACCACAGAAUUGCCAGACUUGUGAUGACUAUUAUGGCCCAGUCGAGUAUGAUGACUAUCAGUUAAAUAAAGAUCAUCAAAAUGAAGGAACGAAUGACGCGAAAGAUGCUUGCACAAUCCAUGACAGGACUGACCUCAAUGCAUCUUUAGGUGUCGAUAGGAUCAGAGAACAUAGCCAUGAAAAUGGUGAUGAAUGCAAUGCUUCUUCCUCUAUAUAUAGCAUGCAAGGCGCUGACGUGGAGCCCGUGGACUUUGAAAAUAAUAAAUUAAUUUGGCUCCCUCCUGAGCCUGAAGAUGAAGAAGAUGAGCGAGAAACCAUUUUAUUUGAUGAUGAUGAUGAGGAUGCCACAGGAGAAUGGGGUUACCUGCGCUCGUCAAACAGCUUCCGAAGUGGAGAGUACAGAAGUAGAGAUCGGUCGGCUGAGGAACAUAAGAAGGCCAUGAAGAAUAUUGUCGAUGGGCAUUUUAGGGCUUUGGUGGCGCAACUUCUUCAGGCUGAGAAUCUGCCUAUGGGUCAAGAAGAUGGCAAGGAGAGUUGGCUGGACAUAAUUACGUCUCUGUCAUGGGAGGCAGCUUCUCUUCUGAAGCCAGACACUAGCAAGGGUGGAGGAAUGGAUCCUGCUUUGUAUGUGAAAGUGAAAUGCCUUGCUUGUGGACGGCCCAGUGAAAGUUUUGUGGUGAAAGGAGUUGUUUGCAAGAAGAAUGUUGCUCACCGUCGUAUGACAUCAAAGAUUGUGAAACCACGCCUUCUUAUUCUUGGUGGAUCUCUUGAGUAUCAACGUGUCUCAAACUUGCUUUCGAGUUUUGAUACCUUGUUGCAGCAGGAAAUGGAGUAUUUGGUGAUGGCUGUUGCAAAAAUACAUGCUCACCAACCCAAUGUCCUUUUGGUGGAGAAUACAGUGUCUCGUUUUGCACAAGAUUUAUUUCUUCAAAAAAAUAUUUCACUUGUUUUAAAUGUCAAAAGACCACUUUUAGAGCGUAUAUCCCGAUGUACUGGUGCUCAGAUAGUCCCGUCAAUUGAUCAUCUGUCUUCUCAAAAGAUGGGGCAUUGUGAUUUAUUUCAUGUGGAGAAGUUUCUAGAAGAGCAUGGUAGUGCUGGGGAAGGUGGCAAUAAAUUACUGAAGACUCUUAUGUUUUUCGAAGGUUGUCCAAAGCCGUUGGGUUGUACAAUUUUGCUUAAAGGUGCUAGUGGUGAUGAGCUGAAAAAAGUUAAACAUGUUGUACAAUAUGGAGUGUUUGCGGCCUAUCACCUAGCUCUGGAAACAUCUUUUCUGGCGGAUGAAGGUGCAACUCUCCCUGAACUUCCCUUGAAGGCACCUAUAAAUGUAGCGCUGCCUGAAAAACCACCUAAAGCUGACAAAUCCAUAUCAGUGAUACCUGGUUUCACGAUGCCUUCUAGUGGAACACUGCAAUCUAAUUCGGUGCAACAACCAAGUGUGACCGAUCCUAAUAUACUGCCUGGUGACUCAACUGAAAAUGAUUGUGUUAUCUUUCAACAAGACAAGGUUUCUUUACCUUCUCUAUUUAACUCAUCUGGCUAUACACAGUCAUGUACUAAGAAAGAGCAGAGUCGAGUGAAUGUUGUUGGGGAACUUCCUGCUGAAUGUAGAGUUGAUGACCGAUUGCCAUCUAAGUGUUUGGAGAGCUUUGAUUCCAUGAACGAAGAUGAUGAAUUGGCUCAUAAUUUUGGAGUGGAUACCAAGUCAAAAGAUCCACCGCCAUCUGAUUUGAAGACUUCACCACAAGAUAAUGGCGCAAGGGAUGUGGAAGCAUUUUCCAAGGAGGAUGUACCCCCUUCUCCUUCUGACCAUCCAAGCAUUUUGGUUUCCUUGUCUUCCCGUUGUGCGUGGAAAGGGACAGUGUGUGAGCAUGCACAUCUCUUUCGAAUCAAGUAUUAUGGUAGCUUUGAUAAACCUUUAGGGAGGUUCCUGCGAGACCAUCUAUUUGACCAGAGUUAUAGAUGUCGUUCCUGUGACAUGCCAUCAGAAGCUCAUGUUCACUGUUAUACUCAUCGCCAAGGCAGUCUUACAAUAUCAGUUAGGAGGCUUCCAGAUUCUCCUUUGCCUGGAGAAAGAGAUGGCAAAAUAUGGAUGUGGCACAGGUGCUUAAAAUGUCCUAGGGUUAAUGGAUUCCCUCCGGCGACUAGAAGAGUUGUGAUGUCUGAUGCUGCAUGGGGUUUGUCUUUUGGUAAAUUUCUAGAGCUCAGCUUUUCGAAUCAUGCUGCUGCUAGUAGAGUAGCUAGUUGUGGUCAUUCUCUUCACAGGGACUGCCUCCGCUUUUACGGGUUUGGAAGGAUGGUUGCUUGCUUCCGAUAUGCCUCUAUCAAUGUUCAUUCUGUUUAUUUGCCACCGCCAAAACUUGAUUUUAAUUAUCGGCAUCAAGAGUGGGUAGAAAAAGAAGCAAAUGAGGUUGCAAAUUCCACUGAACUUCUCUUCAAUGAGGUUCUUACUGUACUUGCAAAACUUAAGGAGAAAGGGCCAAGUACUGGGUCUCUUGAUGGCAAUGUGAAAAUCCUGGAAUCAAGAAAAAACAUUGUUGAACUAGAAGAAAUGCUGCAAGUGGAGAAGGCAGAGUUUGAGGAAUCAUUACAAAAAUUAAGGAAAAGGGAGACAAAAAAGGGACAACCUUCCAUCGAUAUUCUUGAGGUUAACAAAGUAAGAAGGCAGUUACUCGCCCUGUCAUAUGUAUGGGAUCAGCGAUUAAUUAUUGCUGCCUCUUCAUAUGGUAGCUCUUUCGAAGUGCUUAGUGCUUUCCCUUCCAAAAACAAUGAGAAGCUUGGAUCCACUGAGAAGGUAGUGAAUUUGAAUAUCUCCAUCAGGUCAGAUUCAAAGGCUGAUGAUUUACUUAAUGGAAUCCUAAAUUCAUCUGAAGAAGGUAAAGAGGCAGUAAACCAUCCUAACCAGCAUAACAUAAAUCUGCCAAAGAAAGAGUCGGAAAAUGUUGUUACUGAUGGAAAAAACUCGAAUAUGCGUCAGGUUAAGAGUUCUAGUGUAAAUAAUCAGCUUGGUACUCAGGAAUCUGGUGGCGGUGUUCGAAGAGUUCUCUCUGAUGGGCAGUUCCCAAUUGCAAUAGACCUUUCAGAUACAUUGGAUGCUAAGUGGAGAGGUGAAAAUGGCCCUUCAAAGUCGUUAGUUUCUGUAGAAUCAGAGAAUAUGGAGGAAAAUCGAGUAAUUCAGAUCCCCCCCUUUGCAUGUGCAUUGCCUGCAAGGCUAGGAGACAGUGUGGAGGACUUGUCGAGCUGGAUGAAAAUGCCAUUUUCAUUGUUUUAUAAGUCUCUGAACAAAAAUUCAGGAAGUGCCUUAAGAUUUGAUGCCCUGAGUGAGUACAGUCCUGUCUAUGUUUCUUUGUUCCGGGAGUUAGCAGGCCAAUGUGGGGCGAGAUUUUUCCUUCCUAUUGGAGUAAAUGAUACUGUCAUCCCAAUUUUUGAUGAUGAACCAACCAGCAUCAUAUCUUAUGUGCUCGUUUCUCCUGAUUAUCAUUCUCAUUUGUCUGAUGAGGGGGAGAAGAAAAAAGAUUGGAUGGAUUUGCCACUUCCAUUACCAACUUAUGAUUCGGGUUUUCACUCUUUUCAGUUACUUGAUGAUAUUUCUUUAGAAAGCUUUAGGAGUUUGGGUUCGAAUGAUGACAGCAUUUCAUCUUUUUCUGGAAGCAAAAGUUCCAUCACGUUGGAACCCCUUACAUCUAUGAAAGCGCUGCAUGUUAGGGUUUCUUUUCAAGAAGAUGGGCCACUUGGAAAGGCGAAAUAUACCGUGACCUGCUAUUAUGCAAAAUGCUUUGAGGCUCUGAGGAAGACUUGCUGCCCAUCCGAGCUUGAUUUUGUAAGGUCUCUUAGUCGAUGUAAAAAGUGGGGAGCGCAGGGUGGAAAGAGUAACGUUUUCUUUGCGAAAUCGUUGGAUGACAGAUUUGUUAUAAAGCAGGUCACUAAGACAGAACUCGAAUCGUUUAUCAAGUUUGCACCAGAGUAUUUUAAGUAUUUGUCAGAGUCGAUAAGCACAGGAAGCCCAACGUGCUUGGCAAAGAUUUUGGGGAUCUACCAGGUUACAACUAAACACCUUAAGGGUGGAAAAGAAUCAAGAAUGGACGUUCUAGUUAUGGAAAACCUCUUAUUUGGGCGGAAUGUGACAAGACUUUAUGACCUUAAAGGAUCCUCGAGAUCACGGUACAAUCCUGAUUCCAGUGGUAACAACAAAGUUCUUCUUGAUCAGAACUUGAUCGAGGCAAUGCCAACUUCUCCGAUUUUUGUUGGCAACAAAGCAAAACGGCUCCUCGAAAGAGCUGUUUGGAAUGAUACUGCUUUUCUAGCGUCGAUCGAUGUAAUGGAUUAUUCUUUACUGGUGGGUGUCGAUGAGGAGAAGCACGAACUUGUCCUCGGAAUAAUCGAUUUUAUGAGGCAGUAUACAUGGGACAAGCACUUGGAGACAUGGGUAAAAGCUGCAGGUAUCCUCGGCGGACCCAAAAAUGCUUCGCCCACCGUAAUUUCCCCAAAGCAGUACAAAAAGCGCUUCAGGAAAGCAAUGUCUGCAUACUUUCUCGUGGUUCCCGAACAAUGGUCGCCUCUGACCAUGGCUUCGAGCAAUUCGCAGUCCGACCUCUGCCAAGAUAAUCGACAAGGCACCUCUCAAGAAUCCUAAGAUAUCGUUUUCUGUGUAUAUUUGGGGUAUAUAAAAUGAGAUGGCCCUCAUUAUUUGUUGGGUUUCUUUGUUUCUUUUUCGUUCUCUUCGUUUUUUCCUUUUAUAUAGUAUUUGUAGACCAUCAGGCUUUUUAUUUAUAUUUAUGAUUAUUUUUUUUUGGUUUAAAUGUCACGACAUGGUUAUUAGAUGCCAUUAGAUUUUCCAUGUAGGAGAGCUUCUGAUGAGCUCAUGAUGAGGAUGUGCAAAUAUAUAUAAUAAUUCAUGUAAAUGUUACAACAAACAUUAUAUGGAAGUAAUGAAAUCUUAUUUUGUGUAUUUUGGUUCUUUAA